AACAUUUUACUUCCUGUAUCAACAAAGAAAAGGCAACAAUGGAGUCUGGAGUCAUGGGUGAAAUCGAGGAACUUUUGUCCGAACAAGUUCGCCGUUACCAACAUUUGUACGACCCUUCAUCGAAGCUGUAUAAGAACAGUGGGGUUACAAACAAUUCCUGGAAAGAGAUAGGAGAAAUUCUGGGCGAAGAGCCAACAACUUGCCAGAAGAGGUGGAAGCUGAUGAGGGACAAAUAUGUGAGAAUAAAGAAGAAAUUGAGUAGUAGAAGUGGCGAUUCAGGAGGGAAUAAAGUACCUCCAUAUUACAGAAAGCUUUCUUGGCUGUCCGGGUACAUAAAACACCGUGAAACCGACUCCAACUUUGUCGAGGACACAAAUGGGCACUCACCUCUCUGUCUGGUACAAAAUUUGACUUCCCCUAUCAACAAAGACGAGGCAACAAUGGAGUCUGGAGGCAUGGCUCAAAUCGAGGAACUUUUGACCAAACAAGUUCGCCGUUACCGGCAUUUGUACGACCCAUCGUCGAAGUUGUAUAAGAACAGUGAGGUUACAAACAAUUCCUGGAAAGAGAUAGGUGAAAUUCUGGGCGAAGAGCCAACAACUUGCCAGAAGAGGUGGAAGCUGAUGAGGGACAAAUAUGUGAGAAUAAAGAAGAAAUUGAACAGUAGAAGUGGCGAUUCAGGAGGGAAUAAAGUACCUCCAUAUUAUAGAAAGCUUUCUUGGCUGUCCGGAUACAUAAAACACCGUGAAACUGACUCCAAUUUUGUUGAGGACACAAAUGAGCACUCCCCACCCUGUCUGGAAGCAAAUUUGACUUCCUCAAUCAACAAAGACGAGGCUACAAUUGAGUCUGGAGGCAUGGCUCAAAUCGAGGAACUUUUGUCCAAACAAGUUCGCCGUUACCGGCAUUUGUACGACCCUUCGUCGGAUUUGUAUAAGAACAGUGUGGUUACUCACGUUUCCUGGAAAGAGAUAGGAGAAAUUCUGGGCGAAGAGCCAGCAACUUGCCAGAAGAGGUGGAAGCUGAUGAGGGACAAAUAUGUGAGAAUAAAGAAGAAAUUGAGCAGUAGACGCGCCGAUUCAGGAGGGAAUAAAGUACCUCCGUAUUAUAGAAAGCUUUCUUGGCUGUCCGGAUACAUAAAACACCGUGAAACCGACUCCAAUUUGGACACAAAUGAGGCACAAACAUUGGUCAAUGAGGACAGCACCAAGGACUUUUGCAGACAAAAGAUGGAUGAUAUUGGUUCAGGCAGGCAGAAAAUUCACCUGGAAGAAUUGCAACCACCGCAAAUUCUUCUUGAUUUACCUCAAACUUUGUAUGGAUUCAACAUGGCAAAGAACAAACAAAGUUUGGUAUAUCACUUGAUAGAGGAGGUACAGAAACACCCGAACCUCUACGAUUCAAGACAUGGAUUGUAUAAAAGCCAGCCUGUGAUGGACAAUACAUGGAGGGAGAUUGCGGAGAAGCUGGAGACAGACCCGGCAACUUGUAAAAAAACAUGGAGGACUCUUCGUGACAACUAUGUAAAGUCCAAGAAAAUAAUGAAAGGCUGUAGCAGAGAUCCUGGUGACAAACACACUCCAGUCAUUUUGAAAUUGCUUUCCUGGCUUGAUCAGCAUGUGAAGCAUAGAAGCAAAGAAAUCUUGGUAUCUGCAGAGAAUGAGGUGGAAACUUCAGUCAAUGAGAAAAGCAACAAGGCAUUUUACCACCAAAAGAUGGAUGAGACAUGCCGCCAGAAGAUGCACCUGAAAGAGUCCCAACAGCAACAACAACAACAACAACAGCAGCUGCUAAGAACACAACCAACUUCCAGUCUCACAGAGGUUUCAAUGAAAGACGGAGAUAAAACUGAGGGAGUGGGCAGUAAUGAAGUGUUGAUCAAAGGAUCUUGUAGUGCAGAUGUGUCUGGUCUCUUGGUUUCCCCAUCUGUACCGCAAACCUCUCAGGAGACCGUAGAACACACACAUACACCAUGUUAUGGUCUCCCUACCAGUGCCACAGUCCAAUAUAGAGAGAGGGUAAGCUGCAAAACAGCCUUAGUGCAGCCAGUAGAAGGCUUUCAUAAGCCAUGUUACAGUGACAAUGGUUUAGGUAAGAGUCCUAUUGCAUCUUCUUAUCCAGAGAAAGCAGGUCCACGUCUGCCAUUGUCCUCUCUCCACCUUCUAGUUCCACCGCUUCGCCUGAUGUCUGCCUUUGUGUGGCAUGUGGCUCAGCAAUGUGAUGUAAUGCAUUAUGGGAAGCUGGAAGAGUUUGUCAACACAGUGUCAGAGAUGGUUCCAGGACUGCUAACUUCCAGGCAGAGGUCUCAACUUAUUCUGGGACUGAGGGCCAGAGUGGUUUUAGAGAUGUUUCGCUGUGAAAACCCACCAGACCCUCAGACCAUCCAGAAUCACCUGGAUGGAAUAAGAAUGUAUAAAGAAAUGGUGCACUCCAGGUCCAAUAGUCAACAAUGUGGGAAUGAGUUGGAGACUGCAGAGUCUUACUUUGUGGAACUGGUUCAAACACUUCUGGAAAACGCUUCUGAGAGGGAACACUUCUUCAAAGAGGUGUACCCAGUCCACUACGGCACUCAGUAUGACACAGCACUGCAGACACUGAUGUGGACAUUUCUCUCUAGACUGGAGGAGACGCUCCCUGUACCAAAUUUCCAUCAGGCAGCCUCCUAUCUCCACAGUGCCCCUUCCGAUCGGGAUGACUUCUGGAUGUCCCAUCCUGACGCUGAGCAGCUGAAAACCCUGCUACAGCUUCAAACACAACUGGGGCGUUUAAGCAAAGAUACAGUGGUUGUCUCCAACAACUGCUUAGAAGACAUUAUCUUUUCCACAUUGUCAUUACCUCAAACCCACCUUCUGAAGUCCAGUCAAGAUGAAUGUGGAGAACUGGAAGUGAGCCCAGAGGGGAGUACAGGCAGUGGUGUUAAGGAGAACCAUGAGCAGGUGCUGUUGAGUAGUGAGGUGGAAAACCAAGACAAAAGUGGCAGGGAUGAUUGUGUAAAUAACUUGGAAGAUGACCCAGACAGCAGUGGAGGAGUUGAGACAGGAGGAUGUCUCUCACCUCAACACGUGAGGAAAAAGACUCAUAUAUGUCAACAGUGUGGCAAAAUUUACUGUAAUUCACAAGUCUUAAAAAUUCACCUCAGAGUCCACAGUGGGGAGAGACCUUACAGCUGCUCGGUCUGUGAGAAGACGUUUGCUCAGAAAAGUAUUUUGGCUCGCCACCUUAAGAUGCACAAAGGGGAUAAGUCUUACCUGUGUAGUGUAUGUGGGAAGGCUUUCCUAAUAUCCGGGGAACUGCAAAUGCACAUGCUUUAUCACACGGGGCGAAGACCACACAUAUGUAUAUACUGUGGAAAGACAUUUAGAACGUCGGGGUCGGUCAAGUCCCAUGAACGGUGGCACACAGGUGAGCGCCCGUAUGCCUGCUCUCUGUGCCCAAUGCGGUUCACUUCCGGAACUGGCCUUCAAAGACACAAAUUUGUUCAUAACGAAAAGAAACCGUUCAGUUGUUUCAGAUGCGGUAAGGGGUUUACUCAAAAGUCAAAUAUGAGGACGCAUUUGAAAACUCAUCAGAAAUAAUCCAUUUAAUUGACCUAGAAUAAUCUUCCAUACAUUGCUUCCAUAAAUGUUUUGGCUGACUAAAGUGUGUGCGCGUGCGUGCGUUUCUUAUAAAGAUUAAAUGAAUGCAUAAUUCAUAGUACUCUCCAAAUAUCAAGCUAUAUGUUCUGUUAUUUUUGCACAAUCUUCUGAUCAACACUGGUUCUGUUAUGUUUUUGCUGAUGAGACUUUGUAGGUAAAAUGUAUGAAACAUGCAUGCUUAUUAUAUGCCCAAAGACUUUAGCAAUGCAUGACCCAUAGUUUACACAUCAAAUCCUGUACACCUUCACUGAGGUUGUUGUUACAAAAGUAGCCACAUUUUCCUAACUUCUUUUGACCUGUCACAUCUAAUUUUUCCCAGAUCACAUUGCUUAAAAACACAAGAGAAUAAACACAGUAUGAACCUUUGAA